AUGCAACUCUGCAUCUGUCAAAAAGGCAUGCUCGUAAGUAAACAAAUUGAUUUUAAAAAAUAAACAGCAAAUAAAAUAUAAUUGUGGAUAUUUGCUAACAUUAUUUCAAUAAAAUGGGUAAAGUCAACAAAAAUAUACGUAUGAAGGCAAAAGCCGCUGUGGGCAAAGCGGUCGCGGCUACUAACAACAUUAAAUCGAAAACUUGGACGGAUGCUAAUGCAGAUAGCGCUCUUGCCAGGGACGAUAAAUUGCUUUUACCGAAGACACCAGUUAAGAAGAAGGCUAUCACCAAACGCGAGAAGGUGCGCCAAAAACACAAACAACUUAUGAAUAAAUUUUCAUUAAUGAAAAAGCAGCGUAAAGAAGAAACAGCACGCAAGAAUCGAGAAAAGACUGCAGUUAUUGGAGAUUUAAAACCACUAAAGGAUGCUUUGCCAUCACUGGAUGAACUCUUCAAAUUAAGUAAAAAGCCUGAUACUAAAACCGGUAUCAAGGAAAUUGAUGAGCCUACACAAAAUAACGAAAACUUAAAGGAUGAAAAGAAGUUGAAUGUGAAGCAGAAGUUGAAAAAAAAGAAAGAAAAAUUCAUACGCCAAGUUAACUCUUAUCAAGCAUUACUGAAGGAUCCAGAUUUUAAGAAAAAUCCACGAGAUGCCAUUUCUUAUCACAUUAAAUACACACGAGGACUUUUAGAUGAAUAAGUAAUGCCUUAAAUGUUAUAAUUUCUGAAUAACCCAUAUAUGCAUAGAAAAAACCCCACAUAUAUGUAUUCAUUAAAUGAUAUAUGUACAUAUACAAAUAAAAGUUUGAUUAUGAAAAAAAAAA